AUGCUCGCCCUGGCCCUGGCCCUGGCCCUGGCGGUACUGCCGGCAUCCUGCCAGGACAACGCCAGCUUGCCGGCGCCGCCGGCCCGGCCGGGGGAGGCGCCCUGGACCAUCGUCCGGAGCGCCUCGCUGGCGUCCGACGCCCAGAGCGUCUGGAGCACCAUUGGCGAUCCCGGGGUGUUUCUGAAGGUGGCUUUCAAGCACAUUACCUAUUCUGUCGAAUCAUCCUAUAGAGGCUCGUCAACCUUCAUAGUUGAGCUACCAAGUGGGGAAGAGUUCUUCCUGGACCUCAAGUCCACAAACGAGACUAACAGAUAUCAUCAUUUUCUUGUGGGUGGGCACACUGCUGGCAUCUUCGACGGCCCCUCCAUCGAGGGGUCUGAGCUAUUCAUCUCAAUCACGGAAGCCAGCGACAACACUUUUGUUAAUCCAGUGUUCUCAGUAGCCGAGGUCGGAUGGCUCGCAGAUGUGAGCCCAAAGGAAAGCGAGGAGAAAGUUAAUGCUGUGAUGGAUGGACUACUUAGAGUGCAGCUGGACAACCUGAGGGUCGAGUUCGGCGCGGCCGACUGCUUCGACGAGGGCCGCGCCUUCCACCGGUCCGUCAGCGGCGUCUGCAACAACAUGGAAAACGUCGCCUGGGGCACCGCCUUCUCGCCCCUGCGCCGCCUGCCCGUGUACGACCCUCUCUACGCCGACGGCCGGUCCGCGCCCAGCGGCACGGACAUCAGCGCGCGCUUCAUCAGCAACGCGCUGUGCGACGCGCACGAGGACGAUCCCGACAGAGACGACGCCCGCAACGAGCACCUCGCCACCGACAUCUUCGUCUUCUUCGGCCAGUUCAUCGACCACGACCUGGACCUGAGCCCCACGGGGCUGCUGGGCGACUCCCACCAGCCGCUCUUCACGGGUGGCAGCGCAAAGUUCCACGACAAGAUGCCCAUCCCGGUGCCGCUUGGAGACGAGUUCAUGCCGGAGCUUAGGGCCAUGGACUUUGAGCGGGCGGCAUGGGUGCGCGAGGACAACGAGGCCGUCACGCCGCGGCAGCACCUCAACCGACUGUCGUCGUAUCUGGACUUGAGUCAGUUGUACGGCACCACCCACAUCCGCGCGGGCGUCCUGCGCGCCAAGUCCGGCGGCCUCCUGCGCACCAGCGCCGGCGACCUGCUGCCCUUCAACGGCGACGGCGGCCCCGACUCCGUGGGCCUCUCCCUGGCCAACGACCCGGAUGCGUCCCCCGAAUUCUACGUGGGCGGGGACGUGCGCGCCAACGAGAACAUCCUGCUGACGUCCCAGCACGUGCUCUGGCUGCGCGAGCACAACCGCGUGGCGGGCGCCCUCUCGCAGGCCUUCCCGGAGUACGGCGACGAGGAGCUGUUCAACACGGCGAGGGCGAUCGUGAUCGCGGAGUACCAGUCGAUCAUCUACAACGAAUGGCUGCCGCGGCUGCUGGGCCCGGGGGCCCUGCCGGCGUCGGAGUACGAGUACGACUUCACGGUGGACCCGUCAAUCUCGACGUUCUUCUCCACGGCGGCCUUCCGGUUCGGCCACUCGAUGGUGAACAAGUUCCUGUGGGUGGCGGCCGACGCCAACUCCGCCCUGGGCACCGCGUUCGGGCCCACGCCCACCAAGACGGUCCCGCUCCGCGACGCCUUCUUCAGCCCGCAGGCGUUCAGGGACGCCGGGACCGACGGCAUCCUGCUGGGCGCCGCCUGGCACCUCGCCCCGGCCCUGGACGUCAAGAUCGUCGACGACCUGCGCAACUUCCUGUUCGCCAACCUCAACGACAGUCCCGGCCAGCCCAACAAGGACCUGGCGGCGUUCAACAUCCAGCGCGGGCGCGACAUGGGCCUGCCGCCCUACAACAAGGCGAGGGAGGCGUUUGGGAUGGCGCCUGUGCGCAGCUUCGCGGAGAUCACGGGCGACGGGCGGGUGGCGCGCCUGCUGGAGGAGGUGUACGUGGAGGUGGAUAACGUGGACGCGUUCAUCGGCGGCCUGGCGGAGGAGCCGGUGCCGGGCGCCAUGCUGGGGCCGCUGUUCUUCGCGGCGAUCGAGGACCAGUUCAAGAGGCUGAGGGACGGCGACCGCCUCUUCUACAAGAACGUUGACUUCGGCGACGAGCUGCUGCAAAGGUACCCGCCGCUCCAGGCCGUGCUGGAGGACCGGGUGACCCUUGCUGACGUCAUCUCGAACAACACCAACAUCCCGGCCGCCGCACUGACACGAGCCGACCGAACCUCCGUCUUCGACCUCAAGGGUCUGGACCCCAAGGUCCUGGUGCACAGCCAGGGCCGCCGCAUGCUGGAGGUGUCCUCUUAA